CACACCCACAACUUCAACUUCCUUUUCGAAACCCCAACCGACACCCACCCAGUUUACCUACAGUCAGAACAAUAUCUCAAUCUUCUGAAACCAAAUGGCUGUCAAUCAAUUGAAUGAUGUCCGGGAGCAGUUUGUCAGCCUGGUGACAGAGGCUAAUAUCAAGGCUCUACUAGACAGACUUCAGCAUCCACAUGAAGGCAGAAGAUUUAUCAACAAGUUCGAGGCAGAAGAGGUGAUACAAAAAAACCCUGAGAGGGCCGACAAGGCACGUUCUCUUAUUGAUAUGGUGAUUAGUAAAGGUGAUGCUGCUUGCAAGAUGAUGUUAACCACAUGGCAUAAUCUAGACCCCUCCAGCCAGAUAUUGAACACACCGGCACAUGUCCUCACAAGCCAAAGGGCACUAGCUAUGCCUAUUCACCAAGCCCAACCAAACCUGAAGAGGAAGGCUGAAAGCAUUGGAAUUGGGACAGUUGGAAGCACUGUAAAUAACGCCAAGAGGCCCAAAAUUGAGGACCACCUUGAGAAAAACAUGAAGACCACACCCAAGGCACCUGUACCCAAGAAGCCUGCUGCAGCGAAGAAGCCUAAAGUCGAGAAGCCUGCUGCAGCGAAGAAGCCUAAAGUCGAGAUGCCUGCUGCAGCGAAGAAGCCUAAAGUCGAGAAGCCUGCUGCAGCGAAGAAGCCUAAAAUCGAGAAGCCUGCUGCAGCGAAGAAGCCUAAAAUCGAGAAGCCUGCUGCAGCGAAGAAGCCUAAAGUCAAGAAGCCUGCUGCAGCGAAGAAGCCUGCUGCAGCGAAGAAGCCUAAAAUCGAGAAGCCUGCUGCAGCGAAGAAGCCUAAAAUCGAGAAGCCUGCUGCAGCGAAGAAGCCUAAAAUCGAGAAGCCUGCUGCAGCGAAGAAGCCUAAAAUCGAGAAGCCUGCUGCAGCCAAGAAGCCUGCUGCAGCGAAGAAGCCUAAAGUCAAGAAGCCUGCUGCAAAAAAAUAGUUAAAUAAAGAUUUAAAACAUAAGAGCACCAGGUGCAUAUGCCUAAAAUUAUUCUUAUGAGAUGUUGUGAAGUUUUAGGCAUAUUCCCUUUAAAACAUUCAAAGCACCAUAUACAGUGGGGCAAAAAAAAGUAUUUAGUCAGCCACCAAUUGUGCAAGUUCUCCCACUUAAAAAGAUGAGAGAGGCCUAUAAUUUUCAUCAUAGGUACACUUCAACUAUGACAGACAAAAUGAGAAAAAAAUCCAGAAAAUCACAUUAUAGGAUUUUUAAUUAAUUUAUUUGCAAAUGAUGCUGAAGCUGCCAGCUGAGGACUUGUGAGGCGUCUGUUUCUCAAACUUGACACUCUAAUGUACUUGUCCUCUUGCUCAGUUGUGCACCGGGGCCUCCCACUCUUCUUUCUAUUCUGGUUAGAGACAGUUUGUAAUGUUCUAUGAAGGGAAUAGUACACAGACAUCUUCAGUUUAUUGGCAAUUUCUCGCAUGGAAUAGCCUUCAUUUUUCAGAACAAGAAUAGACUGACGAGUUUCAGAAGAAAGUUAUUUGUUUCUGGCCAUUUUGAGCCUGUAAUCAAACCCACAAUUGCUGGUGCUCCAGAUACUCAACUAGUCUAAAGAAGCCCAGUUUUAUUGCUUCUUUAAUCAGAACCGUUUUCAGCUGUGCUAACAUAAUUGAAAAAGGGUUUUCUAAUGAUCAAUUAGCCUUUUAAAAGGAUAAACUUGGAUUAGCUAACACAACGUGUCAUUGGAACACAGGAGUGAUGGUUGCUGAUAAUGGGCCUCUGUACACCUAUGUAGAUAUUCCAUUAAAAAAAUCAGCUACAAAUAGUCAUUUACAACAUUAACACUGUCUACACUGUAUUUCUGAUCUAUAUGAUGUUUUUAAGUGACCCCAAACUUUUGAAUGGUAGUGUAUGUUAUGGUUCACUCUUAGUUUUCCUUAUCUCCACUGUGGAAUGCCCAUGUUGAUCCUCUUGGUUCUCAUGAUCCAUCCACCUAUCUUCUUUGUUAGUCAGGCCUGACCCCUUCAUCCCGUAGUUUCUUUCUGUAAUCUAAUUUAUUAUGACUGAAGAUGCAUAAUUUUCUGCCGGGUCCCUUCUAAAUAGGGUAUAACAGACUCGUUAGAACUUUGACCACACGCCCUCUAGGCGUACUACAUGCCCUCUAUCAAAACAAAACUGGAAUUUUUCCUCAAAACAAAGGUAAAAAAGUAUGCUAGUCAUUUAUAGAAAAAUUCAUACCAAGUUUGAUGUUUCUGUGACAAACGGUGAAUUAGUUAUUUAUGUAUACUGCUUUCAAUGGCAUUUUAUGGAUUGUAUGUAUUUCUAUCAAGUCAAAUGGAAUUUCUACUCAAAACGAAGGCUGUUAAAGUAUGCUAGACAUUUAUAUAAUAAAUUAUAUCUUGUUUGAUGA